UCAGCUCUUUCUCCUGGUUCUACCUCAAGUAAACGAUCUCGUCCGCUGGUUUACCAACAUGGAUCUGGCUGUGCUCUGCGUAUUAUGUUCGCUACUCGUUGCAGUUAGGGCAGAGUGCGAGACGCAGAAGGCGAUUGAGCAAACCGACGCCUGCGGCAGUGCUUUCAAGAGCCACCUCCAGGAGAAACCUUUUAACAGAUCCGAUCCGGAGGAUCACAAACAAGCAUGCUGCUCCUUGGAAGAACUUCAAGAGUGCCUUGAAAGCGCAACAAUGGAGUCGGGAUGCCAAGAAGAAGUCGCCCCAUUUGUCGAAGGACUCGCCGAGACGGCGCGGGACCUGAUUGGGAACGUCUACAGCAUCCCGUGUAAUUACACGUGUUCCGCUGGCACCAACACACUGUUCCAUAGCUCAUGUCGCGUCAUGUGGAUAUUCUCAACAGCGCUCGUAUUUAUGUUAGGGGCGUCGAGAACAUAACAGGACAUCCUUUGCGUAGGGCUAUUGCAAAUGAUUCGAAAGGUAUGAUGUUUCUACAGACACAAUGACUGCAGACAAUGCCUUAGAAGAUAAUUCGACGGCAAACGUCCCCAGUUUCAUAUACGACAUUACAUGCGGUACCAAAUUCGUCAAAGUGCCUUCCAAGGAGCCACCAAGACACGGAACGGAAGACACGACGAACAAUGUGUGUCUGAUCGUGUGUUUCGUCCGUAUUUUCGAGGCUCCUUACAAAUGAAGAUCUUGUCAAAGGUCGUUCUCAGUAUUAGGUUGGUAUCACGGGGCUUGGGGCCGUAUUCUUAAAAGACUCUCAAGUCGACCCUCCACUCGAGCUGCUGCUCGUUGAGACUAGUUCUGUGCUCCAAAAAUCGACCUUGACUCGAAACGCCCUCCGAGCGGAAGAAAUCGUUAGCGCUUUCCACGAGUACCACACGGUAGAGCCACUGUUUCCUUGAAGCCCAAUGACUCCUCAAGUGGAGGAACGCUUCUUUCCUCCACUCACUAGAGUCCACGCGAGGUGCCCAGUCAAGGAUCGUCUAAGAAUACAGCCGACAGAGGAUGCGUCGUCGCCUCAAAUCGCGCGUUUGUCUCGCGUCGCAUGCAGAAGUAACUGCCACAAUAGGUUUGUAAAACAGUUAAGCGGUUGAUACUGUAGCUAUGAAAUAUAUGUGUACCUCAUCAUAACAAAGAUUGCGGAGAAUCUCUCGAAUUCGACAAUUAUGGGAGAGAACGUGUGGACAGGAACCUGAGGUGUUUGAAACGGGUUUUGACCUUCUCAUCCAGGGAAGCCCCUUACCUACAGGUUUGCUUCUAUCCCUACCACCAGAAGUUUACUUGGCAAAGAACGGUAAAUAUAACGCGGCAGGUAGACGAAAUACCCAGUGGAGAAGCCCCCUAAAAAUGGAACAGUGAGUGGUCUCCUACUCGUAGAUAUGAGUGACUGUCUAUAUUUCUUGCCAGCUUGCUGCCUUCCGCAACAAAUGUGUAGAUGAUGUGCGUUGUAAAUAGGGUUCCGGGUUUUCAGAUUUAACCGUUAUCUAAAGUUAUUUAAAGUUAUCCGGCUUUAUCCGGAAUACUCCGGUUUGUAAUGUUCCAGUAACCGAGAGCUCUGCCCCUAUGACUGUUUGACGGGGUUUGUUUCCUUUUGUGUCGAGUUUUUUUCGAUUCGGGGGGUACCACGACAAGGAAAGGUGGGUCUCUGGACCCAAAUCUGCCGUACAACGAGUCAUUCACUUAACAAUGCCCAAAGCAUCAGUGUAAUGUGGCUGAACUUCAUCCUUGCCUAGAGACACUUCGACAUUGGGAUCAUUGAGUACCGCACCCUAUUUAAUGACUCGCUACUCGGCAGGAGGGCAUUUUCAGGGCGCUCGAGUCUUGUCCCAGCACUGCACUCUAAGAAAAAAGCAGCAGAGUGUGGAGUAACUGCAUCUUCUAGUCCCCUAGACUGCUCCCCAUUUUAGUCCCCUAACCCCGACAUUUACUCCCCAGGACAGCAAAUCGUCACUGAACUUCACAAAUGGUCUUCCGAAUGCAACAGUCUACGUAAAUAUGUGCUCUUGGUCAAUUCGAUGGCAUUAGACGGUAUAACUGAGCCAACUUAGCAAUUUUUCACCCACACAGAGUAAGAAACAGUUAGUGCUUCUCUCUUCGCAAAUUGUGCCCUAUGUGUGUCGCAAGGUUUUAUAUCACCCGAUAUAUCACGGUUGACGGUUUAAUUCAAAGUAUAUUCAUUGACGCACACGAAUUAUGUAUACCUGCGACUCUUAGAACAGAGCGUGAAAUGCAGCCCCCCACUCAGUGACAUUCAUUUUAUACCGUGCAUUUACUCCCGAAAGGGACUAUUUUUUGUGGCAGCGCAUUUAGUCCCCAAAAGGAGCAAAAUAACUCCUUCUCCUUUUUUUUUUUUCUUAGAGUGUGAAACUGACUGGAAGAUCUGCCGCACCACACUGAGCGUUUUGCAAGGCACAUUCUCAUUCUUUUUCUAAGUACGGCAAUUAGCAGUCGUCGUUUUCCUUUUUUUUUCUUUUUUUUCCCUCCGACUAUGGGAUAUAUUACCUCAGUUCCAAAAGAUAAACUACGAAAAAUUCCCAGAAAAUACUAAACUCGAAAAACACCUUCCCGAAUAUGCAAAAAAUAAAUACACAAACUCCAGAAACCCGGAACCAGUCAUCAAGUGCCUACAGGCGCCUGUCCGCAUGCUCUCUGCAUGUGAGAGCGGCACAAAAUCACUCGCUCAGAUUUUUUAUGUUUUUAUUUCAUCGUGGUGUCCUACUGCGCACUGCAGACUGUUGCAAAGCAGCUACUGUCUACCGCUCUCUGCAUAGGAUGGUUUCUGUCAAAAUAAAUUAUUUUUCUUCGUUC